GAAAAAUACAAAAACUAAUCAUUUCCAACAAGUUAGAAAUCAAAAGAGCUCAUGAAAGCAAAAUAUCUUUCGCCCCCAAAUUCUGUCUUUAGUCCUUGUUUUUUUCUUUUUUUUUUUUCUUGUUGAAAAUCUCAUUGUUUAGACGCUGAGAAUCAAUCUCAAUUCUCAGGUAUUUAUUUUUGUUGAUAAUAAUGGCGGGUCAGAGGAAUAGCUAUGGGAAGCGGUCUCAUUCUCAGUCUGACUAUUCUGAGAAUGGAUCAAAUAAGAGGAGAAAUGCAGGUGAUGACAGGGAACAAUUUGUUAUUGAUUCAGAUGAUACCGUUUAUAGGUAUUUGUGCCCUGCAAGAAAGAUAGGAAGCAUUAUUGGAAGGGGAGGGGAGAUUGUUAAGCAAUUAAGAGCAGACACUAAAUCAAAGAUUAGAAUUGGUGAGACAAUUCCUGGUUCUGAUGAACGCGUGGUUACUAUCUAUAGCUCUAGAGAUGAGAGAAAUGCCCUUGAAGAUGGGGAUUCUUUUGUUUCUCCUGCUCAAGAUGCUUUAUUCAGGGUGCAUGACAGAGUUGUUGCAGAAGAUUUGCACAGUGAUGAAGAUUCUGAAGGCCGCCAAAUUACUGCUCGGCUUCUUAUAUCUUCUGAUCAGAUUGGAUGUGUUAUAGGAAAGGGUGGACAGAUCGUUCAGAACAUACGUAGUGAAACUGGUGCUCAGAUUCGCAUUCUUAAGGACGAUUUACCUUCUUGUGCCUUGUCCACAGAUGAACUUGUACAGAUAUCUGGGGAAGCUGCAGUUGUGAAAAAGGCUCUGCAUCAAAUUGCAUCUCGCCUUCAUGAGAACCCUUCACGAUCUCAGCACUUGCUUGCUUCUGCUGUGUCAAAUGCAUAUCCUGCUGCUGGUGCAAUGCUUGGUCCAGCUGCUGGUGCCCGGAUUGUAGGGGUAACUUCAUUGGUUGGACCUUAUGGACGAUACAAAGGUGACACUGGAGAAUGGCCACGCUCCAUGUACUCAGCUCCAAGGGAUGAGAUGUCAUCAAAAGAAUUUUCUCUUCGUUUGGUUUGUCCAACUGCUAAUAUUGGAGGUGUGAUUGGCAAAGGUGGUGCUAUAAUCAACCAGAUCAGGCAGGAAUCAGGUGCAGCCAUCAAAGUAGAUAGCUCAACUACAGAUGGAGAUGAUUGCUUAAUAACUAUAUCAGCUAAGGAGUUCUUUGAGGAUUGGUAUUCACCUUCUAUCGAAGCUGCUGCACGGUUGCAACCUAGAUGCAGUGAGAAGGUUGAAGGAGACUCUGGAAUUGUAUCAUUCACAACCCGCUUAUUUGUGCCUACCUCACGUAUUGGUUGCCUUAUUGGUAAAGGAGGAGCUAUUGUAACGGAGAUGAGAAGGAUCACAAAAGCUAAUAUCCGUAUCCUGUCAAAGGAGAAUCUUCCAAAAAUUGCAUCUGAAGAUGAUGAGAUGGUUCAGAUUGCUGGAGACCUUGAUGUUGCAAAGGAUGCCCUUGUACAAAUAACAACACGGUUAAGAGCAAACCUAUUUGAUAGGGAAGGUGCUGUUAAUGCGUUAGUGCCAGUUUUACCGUAUCUUCAUGUGCCAACUGAAGGAACCGACAAUUUAAGUUAUGAAAGUAGAGAGGGCAAGAGGCAUGGACGUGUGCACUCCUUUUCUGGUGGUUAUGGCUCUAGUGAUUUAUCUUCUAGUGACAGCUAUGGAAGUUAUGGUGGUCUCCAGAUUGGUAGUACUACUGGUGCUCAUGGAGCUUAUUCUGCAGGACGUGGUGGUCCUUCUGGGUUAUCAAGCCAUACCUCUGUUUCCCGGCGCUAAAACUAUGGUUACUAAAAUUCCGUUAUUGGAACAGAAAUCGGGGAGGAUGAUUGGCACUGCUAAAGUUGAUGAUGGACUAUAUAUUUGGAAUAAAAACAGUACACAAGGGGGAUUGACUCUAUCCACUUCAAAAGAGGACACUAUUAUGUUACGGCACCGUAGGUUAGGACAUCCAAACUGUGUAUUUGAAAAAACAUCUUUCGCUGUUUUUUCGAAAUAAAAGUAUUAAUUCCUUGAAGUGUGAAAUUUGCCAAUUAUCUAAACAUACCCGUGUGCCAUACCCAUUAAAACCACAUAUUCAGUCCCAACCUUUUUCGUUAAUCCAUAGUGACAUAUGAGGAGCCAGCCGAGUGAAAUAUAUUACAGGGGCUAGAUGGUUUAUAACAUUCAUUGAUGAUCAUACUAGGGUCUGUUGGGUCUAUCUACUCAAAGAAAAAUCUGAAACACCCAAAGUAUUCCAAAAUUUUCACUCAAUGGUUCGAACCCAAUUCAACUCUACCAUACAUACCCUCCGUACUGACAAUGGGAGAGAAUACUUCAACUCUGUCUUAAGUCCAUACCUUUCUGACCAAGGCAUUAUACACCAAAGCUCUUGCCCUGACACUCCUCAACAAAACGGGAUCUCUGAGAGAAAAAAUCGUCAUCUCCUUGUUGUGGCUCGAGCCAUAAUGUUCACCAUGAAUGUUCCAAAAUACUUGUGGGGAGAAGCUGUCCUCACUGCUUGUUAUCUCAUAAACCGAAUGCCAUCAAAGAUCCUCAAUUUCCAAACACCUCUAAAUACUCUUUUAAAGGCCUUCCCUCUAUUUCAUGUUCUAAUCUUCCAGCCAAAAUAUUCGGCUGUAAAGCUUUUGUCCAUAACCAUCAACCAAAUCAAUCCAAACUUGAUCCUCGAGCCCACACUUGCAUCUUUAUUGGAUAUUCCCCUACACAAAAAGGCUAUAAGUGUUACCAACAUUGCGCCGAAUGUUUGUCUCUCGGGAUGUUACCUUUUUUGAAAAUGAACCAUACUUUGCAGCAUCUCAUCUUCUGGGGGAGAUUUUUAAUGAAGAUGGGACCCUUAAUACUCUCCUCAUUAUACCUCCUGAUCCUACUACUACUAUCACAAACAAACCUAUCCCAGAUUUAGUUGCUGUUUCCCUUGUGCAGCAAGAAUUUAACACCGUCCUUCCCAAUAACAAUACCUCCACCGAAGUACAACAGCCACCUGAUCAAGGAAAACAAAAAAUACAGGUUUACUCCCGACGGAAUCGUUCUCCUGAAGCUGAUAUAGCAGUGCCAAUUACAUCUCCAACCGAGGACUGUUCUAAAACAUAAGUCCCACCUCCGUCACCAUCCAUCUAUCUUCCAAUUGUAGUUCGAAAGGUUACAAGGAGCUGCACUCAACAUCCUAUUUCUCGGUUUGUAUCCUAUGGAAAUUUAUCUAAGUCUUACAAAGCUUUUGUGACUAAUGUUGAUUCUAUAAAAACUUCAAAAAAUAUAGAAGAGGCUCUUGAAUCAGCUGAGUGGAGACAAGCCGUGAUGGAAGAAAUGAAGACCCUCAAAAACAAUGAAACAUGGGAAGUCUCGGAUCUACCUAAAGGGAAAAAAAUCGUAGGGUGCAAAUGGAUUUUCACUAUGAAAUUUAAACCCGAUGGCCGUAUUGACCGAUACAAAGCUCGACUUGUGGCUAAGGGAUUCACCCAAACUUAUGGUCUCGACUACAACGAGACGUUUGCACCGGUUGCCAAGCUAAACACCGUUCGGGUCCUGCUAUCUCUUGCUGCCAACCUUGAUUGGCACUUGACUCAAUUGGAUGUAAAAAAUGCUUUUCUCAACGGGGAAUUAAAUGAGGAGGUGUACAUGGAUUUCCAACCCGGGUUUGAAGAAAAUAAGGACCAAGUGUGUAAGUUGAAAAAGUCCUUGUAUGGGCUGAAACAAUCUCCACGAGCGUGGUUCAGCCGAUUUGCGAAAGCUAUGACUAGCAGAAAUUACAUUCAAGGACAGGCAGACCACACCAUGUUCUACAAGCACUCGGAAGAGCGUAAAUGCUGCAUCCUUAUCGUUUAUGUCGACGAUAUAAUAUUAACAGGAAAUGACUCGAGUGAAAUUUUGAGAUUGAAAGAAUUUCUUGGUACAGAGUUUGAACUUAAAGACUUGGGGAGUCUUAAAUAUUUUCUUCGUAUGGAGGUA